ACAACUGAAACACCAUCAUUUGGCAACAGAUUGAAGAUAAUUAUCCCCUUGCGGUCGGCGUUGCCAUCGACACUCUGCCGUGCGACCGAUGAAUUGGAUUGACUAAUUGUGCUGUUAACCUUAGAUGCCUGCUGAUAACAAAGCCUGUCAUUGGUUCCCUCCUUCAUCCUCCGUCUGAUGAACAUGAGGGAAAUACAGAAGUAGCAGCUCGAUAUCUGUGUGGUUGCUGCUGUCGGCUCUGAGGGUCCCGCUGAGCUGCGAUGGCUGCAGUCUGAGGAGGUCGACCUGUGGAUUCUACCUGGACACACACCGACACACACACUGUCCGGACAGCGAAGGAGGAGGAGGAGGAGGAGAGGCCCGCAGGAACCAUGGCAAAGUACCACUGGCAGAGUCAGAAUGUCAAACAGAGCGGCGUGGACGACAUGGUCCUGCUGUCCAAGAUCACCGAGGACGCCAUCGUGGACAACCUCAAGAAGAGAUACAUGGACGACUACAUCUUCACGUACAUCGGCCCUGUGCUCAUAUCAGUCAACCCCUUCAAACAGAUGCCUUACUUCACUGACAGAGAGAUUGAACUCUACCAAGGAGCUGCCCAAUAUGAAAACCCUCCUCACAUCUACGCUCUGACCGACAACAUGUACAGAAACAUGAUGAUCGAGGGAGAGAACCAGUGUGUCAUCAUCAGCGGUGAGAGCGGCGCUGGGAAGACGGUGGCGGCCAAAUACAUCAUGGGUUACAUUUCUAAAGUAUCUGGAGGUGGAUCAAAAGUUCAGCACGUUAAAGACAUCAUCCUACAGUCCAAUCCUCUGCUGGAGGCCUUCGGUAACGCCAAGACCGUCCGCAACAACAACUCUAGUCGUUUUGGGAAAUACUUUGAGAUUCAGUUCAGCAGAGGAGGAGAGCCGGACGGUGGUAAAAUUUCAAACUUCCUGCUGGAGAAGUCGAGGGUGGUGAGCCAGAAUGAGAGCGAGAGGAACUUCCACAUUUACUAUCAGUUGAUAGAGGGCGCCAACGCUCAGCAGAAGGAGGCCCUGGGCAUCAUGACCCCAGACUACUACUACUACCUCAACCAGUCUGGGACGUACAAGGUGGAUGGAACCAACGACAGCAAAGACUUCCAAGAAACCAUGGAAGCCAUGCAGGUGAUCGGCAUCCCGAGCGACAUCCAGACUCAGGUGCUGCAGAUCAUCGCAGGCAUCCUCCACCUGGGAAACAUCAGCUUCAUAGAGGCGGGCAACUACGGGCAGGUGGAGAGCACAGACUUGCUCGCCUUCCCGGCCUAUCUGCUGGGCAUCGACCCCAACCGCCUGCAGGACAAGCUGACCAGCAGGAAGAUGGAUUCGAAGUGGGGAGGGAAGUCCGAGUCCAUCAACGUCACGCUGAACCAGGAGCAGGCCACCUACACCAGAGACGCCCUGGCCAAAGCCCUCUACGCACGCCUCUUUGACUACCUGGUGGAGGCCAUAAAUAAAGCCAUCCAGAAACCAUAUGAGGAAUUCAGCAUCGGUGUUCUUGACAUUUACGGCUUUGAGAUAUUCCAGAAAAAUGGCUUUGAGCAGUUUUGUAUCAACUUUGUCAACGAGAAGCUGCAGCAGAUCUUUAUUGAACUCACGCUGAAGGCUGAGCAGGAAGAGUACGUUCAGGAGGGCAUCAAGUGGACGCCCAUCGAGUACUUCAACAACAAGAUCGUGUGCGACCUCAUUGAAAAUAAAUUGAACCCUCCCGGUAUAAUGAGCGUGCUGGAUGAUGUGUGCGCCACCAUGCAUGCCAAAGGAGAAGGCGCAGACGGCACGCUGCUGCAGAAGCUGCAGGCUGCCGUGGGGACGCACGAACACUUCAACAGCUGGAACUCCGGCUUCGUCAUACAUCACUAUGCAGGGAAGGUGUCAUACGAUAUCAACGGCUUCUGUGAGAGAAACCGGGACGUGCUCUUCCCCGACCUCAUCGAGCUCAUGCAAAGCAGUGAAUUUGACUUCAUCCGCAGCUUGUUCCCUGAAAACCUCAACACAGACAAGAAAGGCAGGCCGACCACAGCCAGCUCCAAGAUCAAGAGACAAGCUAAUGAUCUGGUGAACACGCUGAUGAAGUGCACUCCUCACUAUAUCCGCUGCAUCAAACCCAAUGAGACAAAACGGCCCAAAGACUGGGAGGAGAGCAGAGUUCGGCAUCAGGUUGAAUACCUGGGACUGCGGGAAAACAUACGAGUACGCAGGGCUGGGUUUGCAUAUCGCCGCGUCUUCAACAAGUUUAUGAUGAGAUACGCCAUCCUAACAGCUGAGACAUGGCCGUGCUGGAGGGGUCCAGAGCAGCAGGGGGUCCUUCACCUCCUCCGAUCCGUCAACAUGGACAACGAUCAGUACCAGAUGGGACGCACCAAAGUGUUUGUCAAGAACCCAGAAUCGCUGUUUCUGCUGGAGGAGAUGAGAGAGAGGAAGUUCGACACGUUUGCCAGGAUCAUUCAGAAGUCCUGGAGAAGAUACAUCGCCCGAAGGAAGUACGAGCAGAUGAGGGAAGAGGCCUCGGACAUCCUGUACAACUCCAAGGAGCGGAGGAAGAACAGCAUCAACAGGAACUUUGUGGGAGAUUAUCUGGGCCUGGAGCAGAGGCCUGAGCUGCGACAGUUCCUCGCCAAGAGGGAGCGCGUCGACUUCGCCGAUUCAGUCAACAAGUUUGACCGCAGGUUCAAGUCUAUCAAGAGAGAUCUGAUCUUGACCCCCAAAGGCAUCUAUCUGAUCGGUCGAGAGAAGGUGAAGAAGGGACCUGAGAAAGGGCAGAUAAAGGAGGUGCUGAAACGAAAGCUGGAGUUCGCGAGCAUCAGCGGCGUCUCUCUGAGUACGAGACAGGACGAUUUCUUCAUCCUGCACGAGGCGCAGUAUGACAGUCUGCUGGAGUCCAACUUUAAGACAGAGUUCCUCAGUUUGCUCUCUAAACGCUACGAGGAAGUGACCAAGAGAAAACUGACAAUCUCCUUCACUGACAGACUGGAGUUCAGAGUGAAGAAGGAGGGCUGGGGUGGAGGAGGCUCCAGGGUGGUGGUGUUCCAGAGAGGCCAAGGGGACCUGGCUCAGCUCAAACCUGGAGGGAAGACCCUCUCCAUCACAGUAGGGGACGGUCUCCCCAAGUCCUCAAAGCCAACGAGGAAGUCUGCUCCACAGUCUCGUGGCGGAGGAAGAAAUCAUGUCGCCAGCAGAGCGCACCAGAACGGAGCAGCCAAGUUUUCCAGAGGCCCUCACAACCAGCAGUCAGAGAUCACAUAUUCCGCCCCACACAAGCAGGGCCGGCCGCCCAGCGCCGCCCUGCCCAAACUGGGUUCCCAGAGAGCCCCCCGGCCCCCAGCAAACAACCAGUACAACCAGUCGAACUUGGACUUCCUGAAUGUGCCUGACCAGGGCAUGUCAGGGAAGCAGAGGAGAAGGAGCAUCAACCAGCGACCUCCUCCUGCUCCUAAACCUCAGGCUCGCCCUCAGGGGCCCCGCUGCCGGGCCUUGUACCAGUACGUGGGCCAGGACACGGACGAGAUCAGCUUCGACGUCAAUGACGUGUUCGACCUCGUCAAAGAAGAUUCAUCGGGCUGGUGGACGGGCAGGAUCCAAGGAAGGGAAGGUCUCUUCCCGGGUAACUAUGUGGAAAAGAUUUGAUGAGGACUUGACCAGCCUGUUUUGUGUUAUUUGAGAAAUAUGUGUAAUACGUGUAAAGCAGCACAUGCUGUUUGCAAAAGGACCUGCCUGGGAGUCGUUGCAUCGUAGAUCUUCGGCCAUAAUGGAAACGUUGCUGUUUAAAGGUGGACAUUUGCUGACAUUUGAUACACAACUAACUUGUCUGGCAGCGUGAAGCAUGAACAGAGCACGGGACACCUGCCUGUCAUGGUUGUUAGAACAAAACUGCAAAGAGCUGCUCAGGUUUCGUCUCUGUUGUUGUGUCAGACGCUGCAAGAAGAUCUUUGACUUUCCCACAACACCUUUCUGUGAGUCGCUUCUUCGCUGAAUGUGACUUAAAGCUAAAGUUACAGAAAAGUGACCUGAAAAUACUGCACGGCUUCCUGGUGUCUACGGUGUUUCUAUUUGCCUGAAGCUUUUCUCCAGAUCAGCAUCCAGCGCCACACGGUACUGCUCAGUACUGCUCAGUAUUCUUCAUUAAAUCAGUACGACCAGGUAGUGACAUUUGAAAAACAUUUAAAAACAUAUUUCUGCAGCAAAAAAAAACUUGCUUCUGAUAAAAUCAAAGUCUUUGAGCAGAGCAAUAUUUUGAUUUCAGUUUUUUUUUUUUUUUCUAUUUGUUGAUUUUUACUGAAAUGCUUCUGGGUAUUUUCACCUCCAUAACAACAAAAAUAAAUAUAUUUUCAUACUUUUACCUCAAGGACUGUGCACUGGUCUCUAUCAGUACGUUAUAAGACAUUUUUGAAGUUAAUGAAACAUUUUUUAAAAACAUACUGAAAGAAAGGGGUGAAUACAUGAUUUUAUGUUUGUAUUUCUGCCAAAUUUGCAUUUGAUUUUUGUAAAAUAAUGAUUGAUAAUGAUGAUGAUUUACUCACCGUCAAUCAAUGUGUGAUUUUGUAUAUGACCUAGAAGAAAAAUAAAGUUGUUUUUUCCA